AAGAUAUCAUUAAUUUACGAUGUAAAAUAGAUUGGUAUGGAAAUUUUGGUAAUGCGAACAAUUGAGUUCGCCUCUCUUUUUUAAAAAUGGCUGCAACUAACAAAGCGAUGGCCACAAACCCACGACGAUGCCAGCUCACCGCUUCUGUGGCAUCUGUCAACCUGUCACUGACUACUACCAGUCUCCUUGAUCUCGCUGUUGACGUGCUUGACCGAAUAGUCUAUUUCUUGACUUGGGGUGCCGGUCAUCGCGUCACCAAUCACAACCCACCAUUCACAUUUGAACCUAAUUCCACACUCCCAGGCUACUCAGAUGCCCUCAGCUUAUCGUCUACUUGUAUCUGGCUCCGGGAGUACCUCGGUCCAUGUCUUUUCCACAAUUGCAGCUUGAUACGAGCAGACCAAACAGAUGCCAUAUUAGAAGUGAGCUCGUCCCAAUUCAAUAAAGACGCGGUCAUUGGUAUAUUGGAGACAGCUCGGUACCAUUCUCUACACUUUCGGUACCCACUCUUCAGCUUCAACAACUUUGUCACCUAUCUUGAGUGUGACAAGCCGGUGUACGAUACAUUUCUUAGACUUUUUCCCCGGUUGCAAUCAUUGAAGUUUCUCGACUAUCCCAGCUCUUUAACCACUGUUGAUAUCUCCACUAUAAGUACCGUUAGGUCCUUGAGCCUCAAUGUUGUCCACCUCCCGUUAUUUGCCUCCAUUUUAUCUUCACUCACAAGGCUUGACGUGUUCGUAGACCUUCAUGAUGCUGGUCCUGACCAUCUUGUCUACCUCAGUCAGUCGCUUGAAAUGUGGAAUCUCACGGAACUCAAUGUGUUUUUAAAAGAACCGUCUAGCAUCUCAUAUUCGCUAGUAGUGGAUAUCAUUUCCAAAGCGUGCAAAUGCCUGUUGACGAAAUUAUCUCUACGAGAGAUCCGUAGGUGCUACGACGGCGCUGUGUAUGACCAUUACGAUUUGGACAAAGCUAACGGCGAUGCUUUUAUCGCGGCAAUUAAUGGGUGCAAAACCCUCGAGCAUAUCACCAUCGACGUAUCCAUCCUCAACUAUAUGACCUUCACCAACAUAACUCCUCAACAACCAAUUGUUUCAACUGGAAGGAUUCUCUCCAUCAUCGAACGGUCGUUGUUCGUGCCUGUAUUCCUCCAGGACUUCAAAAAUAAGUUAUCGUCACUCAUAAAAUCUUUGGGAGUGAGCCAUAUAAAUCUCCAAUACGGAGACCCGAUGUCCCAGUCCGAUCUUGCAGCCUUGAUGACAUUGAAGGAUUUUGUCAAUUUCUUCUCUGAGACCUUUCUCAGCUCGCAAAUCAAUACUGUUUCUAUGGAACAAGUGUGGUCCAUAGCCAACGAAGCCGCAUUCAGAGACUAUAUCCACAGAAAACUUUAUUUGGAGGAGCCCGAUUUGGUGUCAGUUUCAACAGCUCUUCUGCCCAAGUCUUUCUUGACAUUGAAACCAUGGCACCGUCUGUUGGUACAUACCCCCAACUUUCGACUCUAUUUCGAGUAUCUGGUGGACUAUUCUGGAACAUUUUUCAGGCCAGCGGUCGACCCGAACACGGAAAUCUCUUUGGAUUUCUGGAGCGUAGAGUCAUCACUCAUGGAACUUGAACAGUAUGCUCGUCGAAGACGCCAACGCAGUAAUAUCUGGGAUUAGGUGUAUCAUGUUGCAAUUGCAGCAAUUGUUCGACGUGCCGCAACCACGAACACACACAGCUACUGUGACUGCUUUUUUCCAAUGAGGAAUUGGACCGUCCACGUCUCUGAAAAAAUUCAAACCCUCAAGUCUCAUUGAAAAAAAAUUUAGAUAAAUCCAUAGAUUCAUACUUGAAAUAAUUAACUAUCAAGAUGGCCGGUGUAUCAGUUAGAGACGUUCCAGCUCAAGACUUCAUCAACGCUUAUGCUCAAUUCUUGCAACGUCAAGGUAAGUUGGAAGUUCCAGGUUACGUUGACAUUGUCAAGACUUCUGCCGGUAACGAAUUACCACCACAACAAUCUGAAACUUGGUUCUACCAAAGAGCUGCUUCUGUUGCCAGACACAUCUACUUGAGAAAGCAAGUCGGUGUCGGUAAGUUGAACAAAUUAUACGGUGGUGCUAUCAACAGAGGUUUCAGACCACACAAGCACGCUGAUGCUUCUGGUUCUGUCAACAGAAGAGUUUUGCAAGCUUUGGAAAAGAUUGGUGUUGUUGAAAUCUCUCCAAAGGGUGGUAGAAAGAUCUCUGACGAUGGUCAAAGAGAUUUGGACCGUAUUGCUGCUCAAACCUUAGAAGAUGACGAAUAAAUUAUUAAAUGUUAUUCCUAAUUACUCAAAAAUAUUUUUAAAGACAUAAUAAGAAAAGCAUUGUAAAUUAUAAUGUUAAAUAUGUAUAGUCAAGCAAAUACAUAAUUUUACAGUACUGGAAAUUGGUUGUUUAAAUUAUCUCUAUUCAAAAUAGUUGAACAAUUUUAUCACAAAUCUCUUUACCUUGUCUCAUCACCAUAAACUUAUCAACAUUGUUAUCUAGACCAAUCCAGCUUAAAGGAAUUUGAUCAGGUAACUCUUCAAUCCACUUUUGGUAAACUUGUACGGAGAUUCCGUCUGGUUUGGGCAAUUUAGUAUUGGUGUCAUUGAAAAGAACAUUAAAAUCGAUUCCAAAAGAUGAAAUACUAAAUAAGUAUUCAGCUAAAUUGGUGAAAUAUUCCAAAUCUCCUUCGUUAUCAACCUUUCCACCGUAAAUGAUCUUACCGAUUAUAAAGCUUAUCCUUUCAAACGAUACCAGCUCUAAUGAUAUAUUUUGUACACCAUUUUUCAUCUCUGGUUCAAGGAUCUUGUCAAUUGACUUCAUACCAGCACUGAAAUCAGAGUCAUUGACAUCGUACUUCUGAGCAAAGGACACUGGAACGUAGCUCAUUCGAGUAAGCACAAGCGAAUGAUACCAAGCCAACAAGAAAUAGAUGUAUCUAUAUUCUGGUGGCUUUUGUUCAAGGGCACUUGCACUAUAAGCAUUAAAAGUCUCGAUCAUGGCACGUUUCAAUCCUGGUUGACUUUCAAACACAAUCACUUGACUGUUGUUAAUUAAGGUCACUGGAAUCCUAGAAUCCAAGUUACAAGUUAAGAAAAGCCUGAACUCUUCAUGGAAACCACUUGUUUCUUGCAAAAGCGUCUCCAAGCUGUUGAGCCAUUCAGGAGACAUUUGAAUAUUCUGAACUAAUAGCCAUCCUCCUCUCAUAGAUACAUUUUGGAUCUCUUUCUUAGCAGACGCGAUACCUUCUUUAGAGCCCAAGGAUAUGAUAUCGAGCUUCUUGUUCAUACUAGCUGCUAGUUGUUCCACUUUGAAUGUGGCGUCAUAACCUUCUGCUGAGCUUAGAAGUAAGGGAUCGUGGACUACUUCGAUAAAGUAUUCAAGGCCAUAUUUGGAGCUGUUUGGACCUAUGCCGGAAAACAAAAAGGUGCUUAUUUGUUCUAGUGAAGUAAUAAAGUUAGAUGGUGAGGCCUCGAAGUUGUUUGCAGCCAAAACCACAUGCCUCAACAACUUGAUUACUUCGUUCUCUGAGUUAUCCUCCAAAAUCACCGAUAUUUCAUUCUUAUCUGACUCUAUCAAGAGCGUCCUGAAGAGUUCUUCCACAUCAAGGUUUUUUCUGGAACUAGCAAACCUGAAAAUGCUUUUGAAAAAGACUGUGAAAUGGGGUCCGAUUUCUUUGGAGUAGUACAGUAAUACCAAACCCAAAGAAAAAACCAUCUUGUCGACUCCCAUCAAUGAUGGAGAGAUGACUGCAAACACCUCCUUAUAUAAAUUCAAAAUCAUUGACUGCAUAUCGACUAAUUCCUUGGUCUUGUUCAACACAUCCAAGAAUAUCCUGGUGAAAGUAUCAAGUGUAAACCUGUAUAAGGGAUUAAACUUAAUCAUUUCCUUCAAAAGCUCAAAAAUCAGGGAUGAAUGGGAUGCAACGUCGAAAAACUUGCUCCUUGAUCUAUCGAUAGCUUCCAAAACAACCUUAGACUCUUGUAUCUGGUCAUCAAUAGUAUUUGCUUCUCCUUUUAACAUCUCCAAAUAUUCAAUCAC